GGCCGCUUCCGUCUUAAAGGGGCCGUGGCGGCCGCAGGAGGAGAAGGAGGAGGUGGGACGCCCUGCGGCCUGCGCUCCUAGCCUCCCUGCUUCGGCCUAGUUGGUUAACCAAUCCUUUCGUCCGCAGGUCACAAUCCAAGGUCCCGCUCCUCCACGUCCCGGGGCCGGACGGAGGGAUGAGGCAGGGGGGACCCGGGCAGCGCCGUUGCUGCUCCCCCCGCCGCCCGCAGCCAUGGAAACGGGGGAGGAGGACGGCGCCCGCAGAGGUACACAAAGCCCCGAGCGGAAAAGGCGAAGCCCUGUGCCGCGGGCGCCCAGCGCGAAGCUGAGGCCGGCAGCGGCCCAGGCCAUGGAUCCGGUGGCAGCGGAGGCCCCGGGCGAGGCCUACCUGGCGCGGCGGCGGCCAGAGGGCGGCGGCGGGUCGGCGCGGCCGCGGUACAGCCUGUUGGCAGAGAUCGGGCGCGGCAGCUACGGCGUGGUUUACGAGGCAGUGGCCGGGCGCAGCGGGGCCCGGGUGGCGGUCAAGAAGAUCCGCUGCGACGCCCCCGAGAACGUGGAGCUGGCGCUGGCCGAAUUCUGGGCCCUGACCAGCCUCAAACGGCGCCACCAGAACGUCGUGCAGUUUGAGGAGUGCGUCCUGCAGCGCAACGGGCUAGCCCAGCGCAUGAGCCACGGCAACAAGAGCUCGCAGCUUUACCUGCGCCUGGUGGAGACCUCGCUCAAAGGAGAAAGGAUCCUGGGUUACGCUGAGGAGCCCUGCUAUCUCUGGUUUGUCAUGGAGUUCUGUGAAGGUGGAGACCUGAAUCAGUACGUCCUGUCCCGGAGGCCGGACCCAGCUACCAACAAAAGCUUCAUGCUACAGCUCACGAGCGCCAUUGCCUUCCUGCACAAAAACCACAUCGUGCACAGGGACCUAAAGCCAGACAACAUCCUCAUCACGGAGCGGUCUGGCACCCCCAUCCUCAAGGUGGCAGACUUUGGACUAAGCAAGGUCUGUGCUGGGUUAGCCCCCCGAGGAAAAGAGGGCCAUCAAGACAACAAAAAUGUGAAUGUGAAUAAAUACUGGCUGUCCUCAGCCUGCGGCUCAGACUUCUACAUGGCCCCCGAAGUCUGGGAGGGACACUACACAGCCAAGGCCGACAUCUUUGCCCUGGGCAUUAUCAUCUGGGCAAUGAUAGAAAGAAUCACUUUUAUUGACUCUGAGACCAAGAAGGAGCUCCUGGGGACCUAUAUCAAACAGGGGACCGAAAUCGUCCCUGUUGGCGAGGCGCUGCUAGAAAACCCAAAGAUGGAGUUGCACAUCCCCCAGAAACGCAGGACUUCCAUGUCUGAGGGGAUCAAGCAGCUCUUGAAAGAUAUGUUAGCUGCUAACCCACAGGACCGGCCUGAUGCCUUUGAACUUGAAACCAGAAUGGACCAGGUCACAUGUGCUGCUUAAAAUUCAGGGCAAAGCAUCUUGAGUGUUUUUAAACUAGGUUGAUCCUCGGGACCCACAGUCUCAUCACGUCUCACACAGAGGACGGCAGAACAUGCAGGUGACGGCUUGGUCGGUUGGCGAUCUCCCAACAGCUGGAUCUCCGACAAUGUGAAGCUUUUGUUUGGGAUUCCCCUCCCCUUUUAGUUUCGCUUCAUUUUUUUUUUUUUUUAAUCUUCAUUUUUUGUCCUUUUUUUUUUCUUUUUUCUUUUUUUCUUUUUUUUUUAAUUUAAACGAUUAAGACUUCAGAAGAGCAAGAAACUAAUGCUGUGGAGAAACGACACGGACAAAGCAUAUGUGUAAAUUUCAUUUUUAAUUUUUAUAAGGGGUUAGGGAGCUAUUUUGUUUUGUUCCUUUAUUUUCCCUCUGUCUUCUUGGUUUUGCCCAUCCCCCGGUUCUGCUUCCAACACCUCACUUCCCCAGAGCGGGGCGGGGGGUCGGUCCCACCACGGGGGCGUGAAGACAGGAGGCAGCCUGCGGGCUGUCCUUCCGUGUGCCCCACCAGACGCGGGCACUGCCGUGCUGCUCCUCGCUCGCCCUCGGGCCUUAGAAAUGAUCAGAGGCGAAGAACCACCUGGAAGAGGAAGACAGGGUUUGGGCAGGAGAACUCAAGAAAGUCCAAACUGCGGGUUUGUUCUCUUUCGGCUUCUGGAAACUCUGGGCCACGCCAGGACACGCAGUGGUGGGAGUUCGCGGGCGGUGGGGGCAGGCGGGGGGAUGGAGGUGACUCCCCCCCCCCCCCCCCCCCCCCCCCCUCCCGGUGGU